UCCCCGGUCCCUUUUAGUAACUUUAGUAUACAAUCCAAAAGAUUAGAUUAUCAAAUGCUACUGUUUUAGAAGUUUGCUUGACUUUUUCGCUUGUUCCCUCUUGGUGUGCUUGGCGGAGGAGGCAGACAGGUGGACAGGAUGCAGCCGGUCGGGGCUGGAGUGCGGGCGGCCAGGAGAGGGUCACCCUGCCCGCUCUCGGUGCUGGUAGUGGUGGCAUGUUUGACCUCGGGAUACGCGCAAGAGCUGCCCACGAAUGGAGUGAACGGGUACAGCUUGCACCCGCCGUAUUUUAACCUGGCAGAGGGCACCAAAAUCACGGCUACGGCGACGUGUGGCGAGGACGAAAGCGGCAGAGCGGUGCAUGACCUGUACUGUAAACUUGUGGGAGGCCCCGUGUCCGGAGACCCUAGCCAAACCAUCCAGGGCCAGUACUGUGACAUCUGCAGCCCGGGGGACAGCGACCGUGCUCACCCCAUCACCAACGCCAUCGACGGGACAGAAAGGUGGUGGCAGAGCCCUCCCCUUUCCCGAAAUACUGAGUUCAAUGAGGUCAACGUCACCCUGGAUCUCGGACAGCUCUUCCAUGUGGCGUACGUUCUGAUCAAAUUUGCCAACUCUCCUCGUCCCGACCUCUGGGUUCUAGAGCGCUCCAUAGACUUCGGACAGACCUACCAGCCAUGGCAGUUCUUUGCUUCCUCCAAGAGAGACUGUAUCGAGCGCUUUGGCCAGAGGACCAUCGAGAGGAUCAACAAUGACGACGAUGUCAUCUGCACCACUGAGUAUUCCCGGAUCGUGCCUCUGGAGAAUGGAGAGAUUGUUGUGUCCCUGGUGAAUGGGCGUCCUGGAGCCAUGAACUUCUCGUACUCCCCAGUGCUCCGAGAGUUUACCAAAGCCACCAACAUCAAGCUGAGGUUCCUCCGCACCAACACUCUGCUGGGACAUCUGAUGGGCAAGGCUCUGCGUGACCCCACUGUCACUCGCAGGUAUUACUACAGUAUCAAAGACAUCAGUAUUGGAGGACGCUGUGUGUGCAACGGUCACGCCGAAGCCUGCAAUGCCCAGGACCCCAACGACCCCUACAAACUCCAGUGUGACUGUCAGCACAACACCUGCGGCGUGUCAUGUGACCAGUGCUGCCCCGGAUUCAACCAGUUACCAUGGAAACCAGCUACGACCUACAGCGCCAACGAGUGUGAACCCUGUAAUUGUCAUCGUCAUUCGUUUGACUGCUACUAUGACCCUGAGGUGGAGCACAGGAGGGAAAGUCUGGACGCCCAUGGACACUACAGAGGAGGAGGAGUUUGUCUCAACUGCCAGCAUCAUACGACUGGAGUGAACUGUGAGCGCUGCAUCCCGACCUAUUAUAGAUCACCUGACCACAGCAUCGAAUCUCCGCUGGCCUGCUCAUCUUGUGACUGUCGGUCGGAGUUCACUGACGGUACAUGUGAAGACUUCACCGGUCGCUGUUUUUGUAAACCCAACUACACCGGAGAGAACUGUGAUUCCUGCGCUAGCGGCUUCAUCAAUUUCCCAGAGUGCUACCCCAUCCCCACAUACCCCACCAACAACAACAACAAUGGAGAAGCCAAACCAGCCGGAGAGAUUAUCAAUUGCGAGUGCAGCGCAGCAGGGACAGUGGAUAACUCAUGCAGACCAGACCCCAGGACCAGGACGUGUGUCUGUAAACCAGGCUUCACAGGAGACCACUGUGACACCUGUGCUCCAGGCUUCCAUGGACUCAACUGUCAGGCCUGCCAGUGCUCCAGCCCGGGGUGCCUGGAUGGGUCAUGUGACUCAGUGACAGGGCACGGGGUCUGUCGCAGUGGUUUCCAAGGAUAUGAGUGUGACAGGUGUGCCCCAGGAUACUUCAACUACCCCCUCUGCCAGUUGUGUGGCUGCAGCAGCAUCGGUUCUCUGCCAGAGGUGUGCGAUGUCUCCGGCCGCUGUCUCUGUAAACCCGAAUUCACAGGGCCCAGAUGUGAGCAGUGCAGAUCUGGAUUCUACUCCUACCCCAACUGUGAAGUUUGCAGCUGUGACCCCCGCACCGCUCUGGACACGUCCUGUUCCUCUUCUGGGCAUUGUCACUGUCGCCCCAACUACAGUGGACCCUCCUGUGAACAGUGUGCCCCUGGUUUCUAUGGCUACCCCAGCUGCUCUCCUUGCCAGUGCUCGACUGAAGGCUCCCGCUACAGCAGCUGUGACCAGGAGAGUGGACAGUGCUCGUGUCUGCCCCAUGUUGUGGGGCAGAGGUGUAGCAGUUGUGCUCAUGGGGUGUACGGCUUCCCACACUGCCAAUCUGGUACCUGUCAUCCUGCCGGCUCAGUACAGUAUGUGGUGCAGCCUCCAGUGGGCCAGUGUGAAUGCCGCCGUAAUGUUGAAGGACCAGCAUGUGACCAAUGCAAGCCUCUGUUCUGGAACCUGUCUCCUGAUACUCCUGAUGGCUGCUCCAGUUGUGAAUGCAAUGUUGCUGGAACUGUGAGCGGAGUCGCUGAGUGUGCGCAGGAAAGUGGCCAGUGUCACUGCAAACCCAAUGUGUGCAGUGGAACAUGCUCCACAUGUAAAGACGGGUUCUACGACCUGCAGGAGUACAGCUACUUUGGAUGCCAAGGCUGCCAGUGUGAUAUUGGUGGAGCAGCUGGCCAGUCGUGUGGAGAGAGAAAUGGACGAUGUCGCUGCAGACCCAAUGUUGAGGGACCAAAGUGUAACCUCCCUCGCCCCGAUCACUUCUUCCCCGAUCUGCACCACCUGAAGUUUGAGAUCGAGGAGGGCACCAUGCUGGACGGCAGACCGGUGCGCUUCGGCUACGAUCCUGUGGAGUUUAGAGACUUCAGCUGGAGAGGGUACGCCCAGAUGACCCCCAUUCAGUCCCGGGUGGUGGCGCAGGUUUCAAUCAGCUCUCCGGACCUGUUCAGAGUUCUGCUGAGGUUCUUGAACAGGGGGGGCACUCCGGUGUGGGGCAGGGUCACCAUCCUGGAGGAAGUGUGGCACUACUACUGCCACCACUGCUCUGAACAGUCCAAACAGAUCGUGUUUGCCCCCAGCGCUGAGCCCACCUUUGUAAACGUCCCACAGAACAACUUUGUGGAGCCGUUUGUUCUGAACCCGGGCACCUGGACUGUGGUCAUCGAGGCCGAGGGCAUCCUACUGGACUAUCUGGUGCUGCUGCCCAGUGCUUAUUAUGAAGCUCCUAUUCUUCAAAUCAAAGUCACCGAGCCAUGCACCUACGGCCCUGUCCCCGAUGUCAACCAAAACUGUCUGCAGUAUACAUAUCUAUCACUGGACUCCUUCCCGUCCAUCUCUGGUAACGAUGCGAGCUGUAGGAAUGAUAACCACCUCCCUCGUCCCUGCCCCACUGAGAGGGUCACCCCACGGCACCCUGAUAUGGCAGUUUGUAGCGGAUUUGAUAUUAGCAUUGAGCUGCGCAGUCGUCUGUCUGCUCCGGGAGAGUUUGUCCUGGUGGUGGAAUUUUCCAGUGAAGAGGAACUGCCCCAAACUCUGUCUGUGUCUGUGAACGAGCCCAGAGGCCACGCGCAUCCCAGCACCCUCACCCUGCUGCACUGCAAAUACAGCUUCCUGUGCCGAGCUGUGGCUAUUGACGAGCAGAACCGCGUGUCCGUGUUCUCGCUGUCCACCGACACUGAAGUGCUGCUCAACGCUGAGAGGGCCAGCUUAUUCUUGCACAAAGUGUACCUGGUGCCCAAGGACCAGUUCACCAUGGAGUUUGUGGAGCCUAAAGUCCACUGCAUCAGCUCACAUGGACAGUUUGCUCCUGACACCACAUCAUGCGUCCCCUCCCGUUUCCAGACUCCCUCGAACUCUCUGGUGCUGAAGGAGGGCCAGAGCUCAUCCAUGCAAGAACCCGUGCUGGCCUACCCUGCUGAGGCCCUCCCUCUGCCCUCUCCUCAUGGAACACUCCAGGGAGACACGUCCUGGAGUGCCAUCGGAGGAGAGAGACCACCCCUGGGUGCAGACAACACUGAUCACAUUAGGCUCGACUCUGUGCAGAAUGCCGCUGUGUACUCUACCCAUGUGCACACAUUGGGCCGAUACGUGUUCAUCUUCCAUUACCACCAGCCCCUGCACCCCUCGUAUCCACUGCAGGUCUACAUCAACGGGGGACGCAUCUGGCAGGGUCACACCAAUGCCUCAUACUGCCCUCAUGCAUUUGGUUGUCGUAACGUUCUGGUGGCAGAGAACCAGAUCAUUUUAGACAUCACAGAUCAUGAAAUCUUCCUCACUGUUCAGAUCCCGGCAGGAAAAACACUUUGGCUGGAUUAUGUGCUUGUGGUGCCCGAGUCAUCCUACAGCUCCAGUUAUCUGAACGAAGAACCACUGGACAAAUCAUAUGACUUUAUUACCAACUGUGGACAGAACAGCUUCUACAUCAACCCAACCACAGCCUCUCCAUUCUGCCUGAGCUCUGCAGUCUCCCUCUCGGCCUUCUUUAACAACGGGGCCAUGCCGUGUGGUUGCCAUGAGGUGGGGGCUGAGAGUGACUCCUGUGAGCCGUUUGGGGGCCAGUGUCGCUGCAGACCCAACGUCAUUGGACGGGACUGCUCCAUGUGCGCUACCGGCUUCUGGGGCUUCCCUAACUGCAGACCUUGUAACUGUGGCACCAGACUUUGUGAGCCUGUAACUGGAGACUGCAUCUGUCCUCCACGCACCCUACAGCCCGAAUGCACCCAGUGUGAGCCCCAGACCUUUGGCUGCCAUCCGGUGGUCGGCUGUGAGAUCUGCAACUGUUCAAGGGCCGGCAUCCUCUCCCCCGAGGCCAGCUGCGACCACCUCAGUGGGCAGUGCAGGUGUAAGGACAAUGUUGUAGGUCGCCAGUGUGACCGCUGUGCUCCUGGUUUCUAUGGUUAUCCAAACUGCAGACCAUGUGACUGUAACGAUGCAGGAACAGAGGAAGACGUGUGCAACUCCUUCACUGGACAAUGUCUCUGCAAGGAGAACGUCCAGGGCCCCCGCUGUGACCAGUGCAGAGUGGGCACCUUCCACCUGGACCCCACCAACCCCAAAGGCUGCACCAGCUGCUUCUGCUUCAGGGCCACUGACCGCUGCCGCAGCUCCGACAAGAGACGCUUUGAGAUCAUGGACAUGGAGGGCUGGGUGCUGCUGGGAGCUGACAGACAAGAGGUGCCAGUGAGCGUGUACCCAGGACAGGAUCUGGUGGAGGCCGAUCUCACUGAUGUGCCCGAUAUUUACCAGGACCUGCACUGGCACGCCCCCAAGGCCUAUCUUGGAGACAAGGUGUCUUCGUAUGGAGGGUCCCUCAGAUACAGGCUGCACACUCAGACCAUGAGAGGAGAUGCUCUGUUGCCGGCAGAGUCCUCCAGGCCUGAUGUCAUCCUCAAGGGAAACAAAAUGACACUUGUGUUCAUGGAAAGAGAGUACCCCUCAGCUGAAGACCCACACAGUGGAGUAGUGCACAUUGUGGAGGGUAGCUUCCGUCACGCUCAGACAGGUAACACAGUGUCUCGAGAGGAGCUGAUGAUGGUCCUGGUGUCUCUGGAGUCUCUGCAGAUCAGAGCUCUUCACUCACAGUCGGCUCACUCUGUGUCCAUCCGUGGGGCUGUGCUGGAGGGGGCUAAGAGCCUGCCCUCUGGAAGACAUGCAAACAAUGUGGAGAUCUGCAUGUGCCCCGCCAGCUACCAGGGAGACUCCUGCCAGAAAUGUGCUCCUGGUUACUACAGAGACACCAUUGGUCUGUUCUUGGGUAAAUGUGUGCCCUGUAACUGCAACGGUCACUCAGACCAGUGUCUGGAUGGGUCUGGCAUCUGCGUGAACUGCCGUCACAACACUGCGGGUGAUCACUGUGAGAAGUGUCAAGGAGGUUUCAUGGGCAACAACACUCUGGACGGUCAGGCCGUGUCCUGCUCCAGCUGCCCCUGUCCACUCAGCGUGCCCUCCAAUAAUUUUGCAGAGGGCUGUGUGCAGAAGAGCGACAGGAUGCAGUGUCUAUGCAUGCCCGGAUAUGCAGGACCCAACUGUGAACGGUGUGCCCCUGGGUACUACGGUAACCCCAUGGUGAUUGGCAGUAGGUGCAAGCCGUGUCAGUGUAAUGGGAACACAGACAGUAACAUGCUGUUCACAGACUGCCAUGCUCUGACCGGAGAGUGCCUGAGCUGUAUGCACCACAGCGCUGGCCCUCACUGUGAGCUCUGUGCCCCGGGUUACUACGGGGACGCCAUCCAAGCCAAGAACUGCACCAAAUGUAACUGUUCUCCUUGUGGCACUGAAUCAUGUGACCCCCAUACUGGACAGUGUCACUGCAAACCAGGAGUCACAGGUCCUCUUUGUGACCGCUGUGAGGAUGGUAUGUUUGGUUUUGACUCUUGCUCAGGCUGCCGUGCCUGUGACUGCGAGGCGUCUGCAGCUUUGCUCCAGCCCUGCGACCCUCUGACAGGUGCCUGCUCCUGUCAGCCCGGAGUCAAUGGACCCAACUGCAAACAGUGCGCCCCAGGACACUGGGACUAUGGACCUAAUGGAUGCAAGCAGUGUAACUGCAGAGGGGGGCGCUGUGACCCCAGGACUGGGGAGUGCCGCUGCCCUGAUGGAAUGACAGGCAAACAAUGUGACAGCUGUACUCACCAGUACAGUGUCCCUGUGGAGCACCAGCACUCCAUGCAUUGUGAACUCUGUGACAGCUGCGUGGUCGUGUUACUGGAGGAUUUGGACAAAAUGAAUGAGAACUUCACAUCUGUGGCCGGUCAGCUCAGGAACCUGAACGCUAGCUCCAUCGCUUGGGCACAGCUGGACAACCUCAACAAGACCAUGGAGGACAUCUCUCGCUCCAUUGAAAACUACAACAGUACUCUGGACUCGAGCAGAGACAAAGCCGACAUGUUGGAGGCUGAAGUUGACAAUGUCAACUCUGACAUUGAUGAACUACAGGACAAGGCAUCAGCAACGAGUGAGCGUGCUGGAAACCUUGGAGACAGCUCAAACUCUACUCACAAGAGAGCAGAGGACUUACUGUCUUUUAUCAACAACAUGACAAUGGAUAUUAAUGACCUUCUUCUGAUGGCAAACCGCUCACUGAACUCCACAGAGGAUGACCACAAUGAAGAGGAGAGGGAGAGGAUGCUGAAUGAGGUGAAGGCUAUGCUUCGAGAGAUGAGGUUCAGGAGCUGCAGUGGACAGAAGAAGAUGGCUGACCGUGAGAAGACGGAGGCACAGAAAUUGCUGGACCGUGUAUAUGAUGAGCUAGCAGACAGACAGCUGGAGAAUGAGAACACCACACACUGGAUCAGAGACCAACUAAGCAAGUUCAACUCUCAGAUGAUGGACCUGAGAGAUGCUCUGAACGAAGCUGUCAACAACACGGCUCGAGCAGAGGACAUCAACACCAACAAUGAGAAGGCCAUAGAAGACCAACAGAGGAGAGUGGAUGACCUGGUGUCCAAAGAGAAGGAGGUGAAUGACCAACUGCAGAUGGCUGAGGACGACAUUGCUGCAGUCAACGACCUGCUCUCCAUGCUCCAAGACUCCAAAGAGGAGUACGAGCGUCUGGCCGCCCAGUUGGAUGGAGCCAGGACUCCUUUGGCUAAAAAGGUGGACAGUUUUGCCUGGACAGAAUCCAAAAUCCCCCUAGUGGAAAAAGCAGAGAAACACGCCGAGAUGCUCAACGAACUAGCCAUGAAUAUCUCCAGUUUGGUUGAAGACACAAAGAAAGAUGGUUUUGUGGAUGUGACUCAGGCCUAUAAUAAGAUCAUCAACAGCAUCAAAGAGGCAGAGGAGGCAGCCAACAUGGCCUACAAGGCUGCCACGAACGCACUAGAGAAUGUAAAGAAUCAGGACUUGGGUCAGAUUGCAGACUCUCUGAAGAACCACAGCAUGGAGCUCAAGGAUGAGGUGGAGAAACUGGAGGAUGAACUCAACAAUGAGUUGAACCCACAGCUGACAGAGGCUAAGCAGAGACUGGAUGAUGCCAAAGAAAAACAGAAAAAUGUGACCAUGGAACUGGAAAAGAUUUUGAACAACCUCAACUUUACCACAAAUGUGAGCAAGGAGAUCCUGGAGGCUAAAAACAUGGCUAAAAAGGCUAACUCCACAGCCACAAAUGUCACCAACGUCCUUCGACCAAUCAAAGAGCAGCUGGACAAGUGGCAGGACACGUAUGGAGACGCCAACGCUACCAACAUGGACAUAAACAAUGCCCUGUCAGAGGCCAACAAGACUGUAAACAUGCUUGGAGACACGGUUCCUCUGCUCUUGAAGAAAUUGGACAAACUUCAGAACCACUCAGCUCAAAUGCCAAACAUCUCUGAGAGCAUCAACCGUAUCAGAGAGCUGAUACAGCAAGCUCGCAACGCCGCCAGCAAGGUGGGUGUCCCAGUGAAGUUCAAUGGCACUUCGGGGGUUCAAGUACGAAACCCAUCCAACCUGGCCGACCUGGCAGCCUACACCAAUCUCAAGUUCUACAUCACCCUCCCCGAGACCGCCUCCCGCAAGAGACGCCAGGACGAGAGCAACAAGCAGUUUGUCUUCUACCUCGGCAAUAAAGAUUCAUCUAAGGAGUUCCUGGGCAUGGCUCUGGAGGGAAGGAGAUUGCGCUGGUACUUUAACAUCGGAGGAGACACAGCAGAAGUUCUGAUGGCUGAAGACGUCAAGGCCGAUGGCAACUUCAACAGAGUGGUGCUGGAGAGGAUCCUGCAGUAUGGUCUGAUGUCCAUGUCAUCUGAAGCCACAGAGGGGGACCAGAGAGUGACAAAAGCCUAUGUGGAGGCCAAAGGAGACCAGGGACUGCUCAGCCUGCUCACCGAUGACACUGUCUUCUAUGUGGGAGGGUACCCCAGCUCCUUCAAUCCUCCUCCACAACUGGCUCUACCCAACUUCAAGGGUUGUAUAGAAAUGGACACUCUGAACGAGGAGGUGCUGAGUCUGUACAACUUUGAGAAGAUUUUCAACCUCAACACGACUGAGGAAAAGCCCUGUGGCAGGUUGAAGCCUCUGCUGACUCAGGCCUGGGUGAAUGAUGCGGCGUACUUUGACGGCACCGGCUUUGCUCAGGUGGCCUUCUCCGACGAAGUGCCUCGAAUGCAGCGCUUUGAACAGGAGGUCAAACUGGUCUCACACCACGGCAUCCUCCUCCUGCUCCUUAACCAGGACAAGUUCUUAUGUUUGGCCGUACAACAUGGCCUCCUCAAGGUCUUCUAUGACUUUGAUGGAAACUUGAAUGAGAUCUCACCUAAAGAACCCAACUCCCCCUUCCUCAAAAUCAGCGACGGAGAUGCCAAAGCUUUGGAGAUCAUAAUCCUGCGCUCAUCUCCAGACCGUGUGGUGGUGAGGAACAGCAGGAACAAUCUGUAUAAUGAGCAGUUUUCAAGCAUCCCACCCUUCACCUCCUCCUACUACCUGGGAGGAGUGCCCCAGGACAAGAUGCCCAUGGCGCUGAAGAGCAUGUUCCCGAAGCAAGGCUCACUGAAGGGCUGUUUCAGGAAUGUCAAAGCUCUGAACUCUCACAUUGACCUGAAGAGGAUGAUCAGUACAGGAGUGAGCUUCGGCUGCGACAGCGACCUCCUGGUGGCGCGAGAGGCUCACUUUUCAGGGCAGAGUUACUUGGACCUGGACUUGACCAGUGUGCCCAGUCUCAGGAACAACUUCUACGCCAGCUUUAGCUUCAGAACAGAUCAGAAGGACGGACUCAUGUUUUACCACAGAGACUCGGAGGGAGUGUGCCAGAUUUUCUUAAAUGAGGGACACUUAGUUGUCAGAGCAGGAAACAGUGAAAUGAAGACUCAGAAGACCUAUAAUGAUGACAACACUCACUACAUCGCUCUUUACAGCAACAUUAAUGGAAUGCGCCUGUACAUGGAUGAUGUGCUGGAGAAGUCUAAGGAGGGCAUCUCAGUCAGCAGAGUCCCAGUAGCAGCAGCCACUUUGGGAAUCACAUACCUGGGUGGGACUCCUGACCAGAGCCUGGCCAACCUCACCGGCUGCAUCAGCAAUGUCUUUGUCAAGAGAGAAAGAAGUAAUCAGAUGGUGCUGGAUCUGCUCAAGGCCAAAGAAAACGUGAACGUCCCGAUGAAGUGUCCUGCUGCCCAGAAACCUCAGCAGAUCAGAGCCACACCUCCCAAACCCAGCAAGCCCAAGGGUAAGAACAGGAAGCCAUCAGGGUCUCGCAGCAGAACUGCCCGAGACUCGUGUCAGUCGGAGCAGGCACAGGUGGAGCCUGGGGCCUCUCACUUCAGUGGAUCCACUCACAGCUACCACAAAUAUGACGCACUCAACCUCAACUCACUGCCCCACAUCUCUUUGGCCUUGAGGAUCAAUUCAUCUGAUGGCCUGGUCCUCCACGCAGGUGGUGGGCGCCGCAGUAAAACAGUGAUGUCGCUGCGUGUUUCAGAAGGACAUCUGCAGCUGCUGCUGGAUGGAGGCAAGAAGAAGAUCACUCAGCGCAGUCGCAAGAAGUACAACGACGGCCAGUGGCACACGGUGUUCAUAAAGCGUGAGGGGGAGAGGCUGAGUCUGGUGGUGGAUGGUAUCAGCGCUCAGUCCAAGAGGAUCCCAGGAGGAGACAAGACUAAACUGUCUGGACCUCUGUAUAUUGGAGGAUUGCCCCCCACUUUCACUGCCCCUGGCUCCAGUGGGUUUGUGGGCUGUGUCAGAGACCUGAUGCUAAAUGAUGCUCCGGCAGAACAUCCCACACAGAGCCAGGGAACAGUGCCCUGUUUCAAGCAGCCGCUCCAGCCCGGGGCCUACUUCUCUGGACGGGGGGGACACAUCGCUAUAGGCGAGUCCUUGGUGCUUGGAGAGGACUUUAACAUUAAGCUCGAGGUCCGCCCGGUCUCAUUCUCUGGGCUACUGUUGCAUGCUGGGACAUCGGCUAACCACUAUCUGACCAUGGUGCUAAAUCAGGGAGAGGUGAUGGUAUCUAUGAACAGUGGGACAGGCGACCUGUUCACCUCCUUUUCCCCUGAAGAGUCUCUGUGUAACGGCCGCUGGCACACACUCACUGUGAUGAAGAAGAACAACAUCCUCACCCUCUAUGUGGACUCAGAGCAGAGCGUUAGCCCCAAACAUAAUGCCUCAGCUGGGGGUAAAGAGACAUUGUACGUGGGGGGAGUGCCAGGUGCUGUCACAGUACCAAACCUCCCUGAAAACCUGCCUUCGUUCCACGGCUGUAUCCGCCUGAUCUCAGUGAACCACCGGGUGGCACCGUUGUCCAAACCCCUCUCUGUGCACGGUGCAGUGGGGACACAAGGCUGCCCUCACAUGUAGUUCUGUCCACUGUCUCUCUUUCACAUUCCCAAAUUCAAACAUGGUGGUGGGUGUCCAGAUACUGUAGCUAAUUUAAAUUUUAUAUAUUUUAAUAUUUAUUAUUUUUUGCAAAAGAAGUGUAUAUUUUAUAUUUUCCAUGAUGUUUUUUUGCAUAAUUACUAGUUGUGUUAAAUGUGCUACAGGGUGCUACUACAGUGACAGCUCAGACAUGCACUGGUGUAAGAUACAGUGAUUACAUUUUAAAAGAGUAAAACAUGUACAUUUUUGUAAAUAAAUGAAAAAAUGUGUUGAGUUUCUGCAAAAGAGAAUUGUUGAUUUUGAAAGUAAAUUUAGCAUUUUUUUUUUUAAAUUCCAAAUACUCUUGAUUGAAUAUGUAGUCAUAGGUGGGUAGUACUCAGUUACAUUUACUUUUCAGAGCAGUUCUCUUGCAGCAUACUUUUACUCCUAUUUGAGUAAUAUUUUUAUUGAAGUAACAGUACUCUUAUUUGAGUAAAGGUUUUGGUUACUCUUCUCACUGUAAGUCUACAAGUAACAAAAGGUUUAUGUUUUUGAACAUUUGUGGUUUUUUGCACCACUUCUUCAGAUACAAUUUAGU